AUGGAUUCCUUGGCUGAGAAUGAUUUCUUCGGUGAGAAUGACACAUAUCUUGAUUAUAAUUUCACAUUUCCUGACAUUAUGGAGUCUCACACUCCUGAGAUUCAGCCGAUCCAGAUAAUGGCUCUGGUCAUGUACAGCCUUGUGGUCCUGCUGGGUGUGCCUGGAAAUGCUCUGGUGGUGUGGGUGACGGGGUUCUGCAUGAGCCGCUCUGUCACUUCCCUCUGGUUCCUCAACCUCGCUCUGGCUGAUCUUCUGUGCUGCCUCUCCAUCCCCCUGCUUAUGGUCCCUCUGGUCCAUGAUGACCACUGGCACUUCGGUCCUCUGGCCUGCAUGUUCGUCAAAGGCCUGUUUUACCUGAUGAUGUACUGCAGCAUCCUGCAGCUGAUUGUAAUCAGUGUGGAUCGUUUGUUGCUGGUCAUCAGACCCAUCUGGUGUCAGAACAACAGGCGACCCAAACAGGCUGCCUAUGGAUGUGUUGCUGUGUGGAUCCUGGCCCUGAUAGGCAGUAUCCCACAAUUUGUGUAUGCCAAGGAGAUUGAGGCAGGUUAUGAAAAGAGAGAGUGCAGGAUGGAGUACACCAUGCAGAGUGCCUGGCCUGUCUCCGCUUUUCGCUUCCUGAUUGGAUUCAUCUUUCCUUUCCUGGUUAUUCUAGUUUGUCACUUGGUGGUCUUCAGCAACACACAGAGGAGAUUGUCACGCAGUCGGUCCGGGUCCAAGAAAACAGUGAGGGUUAUCAUUGCUGUGGUGCUGAGCUUCUUCUUGUGCUGGCUUCCUCUGCACAUUGUGGACUUCCUCAUAUUGACCACUCCUCGGGCUUCCAGCGCAAGUCCCAAACUUCACCUUGCACAUGUUAUAGCGCUCUGUCUGGCUUACUUCAACAGCUGCCUAAACCCUUUACUCUAUGUGUGUAUGGGCCAAGGCUUCAAGGACAGCAUGAACCGCUCCCUGCGCAACAUCCUCCACUUCAUCAGCGAGGACCCGACCACCAAGAUGAGCGUCACUAAUACAGACACCAAGAGCACCAGCACUGGCAAGGAGAUGACAAAAAUAUGAUCAUACACAGACUGUGAUACACAUACAAGACUGUUGCAACACAAUAUUUUCCAUCAUGGCUGAAUUUUUGCAAAAGAAUAAGUCAUUUCUGCUCCUCUUGGCUUGGAUUUGAACUCUUACGUUUUUCAGUAAAAUAAAUGUCAAGACUUAAGACUGUGUGACAAAUUUAUUAACAAAACUAACUCUGACCAAGACACAGUGGACACAAUUACUCUUUUAUUUUUUUAAUGAAUUAUUAACACGGUUUUUCUGGUGAAGUUGAGUGGUAAGUAAAUAUGCUUCCAACAGUGCUUAAAAUUAAGAACUGUUAUUCAUUCUGCAAUGUUUCUGUAAAAAUUUCCAUCUUAUGCAACACAACUCUGGGCAGUUCUACUUUUU